AUGUUAUCCUCCACCUCCUGCUCCUUCUAUCUGCCUGACACAGAAGUACAAGCUCCGGGCUUCAGCAAAGGACGAAGAGGAGGUCGAGGCUGCAGCAAAGGACGAAGAGGAGGUCGAGGCUGCAGCAAAGGACGAAGAGGAGGUCGAGGCUGCAGAUCCAACAUGGGGGAGAGCGGUGUGGCAGCGAUGGCAGUGACCUACCAGAAGUUUGACCCUGCUGCGUACCUGCAGUACAACUACACUUCCCCCAGAGCUGACUUUGAGAGACAGGACAGCGUUGUGCCGUGGAAGCUGGCCUGUCUUCACCGCGCCUUCACUGAAGGAGACAUAGAGGGAGAUCUUCUGAUCGAUGUUGGCUCAGGUCCCACUCUGUACCAAGUGCUGAGUGGCUGUGAGAUCUUCAACAAAGUGCUCCUGACUGACUUUGUGGAGGCCAACAGGCAGGAGCUGAAGCGGUGGCUGCAGGGAGAGGGCGGGAGCCUGGACUGGACCCCGUACAUCCAACACGUGUGCAAACUGGAGGGAAGAAGCCCGUGCACGUGGAAAGAGAAGGCGGCUCGACUGCGUGAGGUGGUGUCUGAUGUUCUCCCCAUCGAUGUGCAUCAGGCUCAGCCCUUGGCCCCUGAGGGCCUCCCUCCACAGGGGGCCGACUGCCUGGUGUCUUGCUUCUGUCUGGAGAGUGUCAGUCCUGACCUGGACACGUUCACCAAGGCCCUGGGACACAUCAGCACUCUGCUGCGGCCUGGGGGCCAUCUGCUGCUCAUCGGGGCGCUGCAGGAGAGUUAUUACUUGGGGGGUCCAGACCUGAGGAUCCCAGUGGUCCCACUGAACGAGGCCCAGGUCUGUGCUGCUCUGCAGGACCAGGGCUUCAGCCUGAUCAGGCUGGAGGUCUACACUCUGCCCCAAGACAUGAAGGUGGGCGUGGACGACGUCUGCGGGGUGUUUUUUGUGAAAGCAAGAAAGAUUUUGAAAGAAGACGUGAGAGCCACACGAGGAAACAUGUGA